UCUGAACCUCUACCUGCUCCACACGUGAUCGUUCAGCCUAACGUAUUGCAAACGCUUGUGGCCUGCUAAGUCAUUUCCUGGCUGUCCUCCGAUUCGAGGAUGUCAGCACGCGCAUUCUUCGGCCAGCUUGCCCUCCAUACCCUGCAGCCGGUUCAAAGACUCCUUGGCCGGCUCCAAAGCAUCAACAUCAAUCCCGUUCCGCAUGACACGAGGCACCGUAUGGCAUUGGAGGAUAGACGACGGGGAAAGUCGGGAGGCAAUAGUCCUGUUGGGACUGCCGGUGUUGUAAGCUUCCUCGCGGUUAUCGAGUCGCUGAUUGAUCCUCUCUCUGAUUGGAAACUCGCAAGAGGAGGAGGACAAGGACGAAGACGAGGAGAACCGGCGAUUGGGAGCCCUUUGAGAGUUGCGACGUCCGGAGCUGUACGCCCCCUCACGAUAGUUGCACUGCCAUUCGGCAGACGGCCUGCCGUAGGAGUCGACGGUCUCAGGGUUCUACGAGCGUUGCCGCGAGAUCCUGGGCUUCUACUUCCACCUGUCUUCUGCACAUCUCUACAAGGUUGAAUGCAACCGCCAUUUGCUCACCUCUCAACAAGAGACGCAUGAACUCGACUGGCGGAAGGGCCGUCUGGACAAGUUCGCCACCAACCUAGCCAUGAUAUAAGUGCAUCAAACGAAUGACCUUCGAAAACAAGGCAGCCUACCAUGCUGUAGAAGGAUGUUCUAUUAUCCC